AUGAUGCAGGUUCGACACUAUUGCUCCAAACUAAGUGCGAUCAACCGCUUCUUCAGCGGUCACCAAUCGCCAUCACAGAUGCAAUGCGACGAAAUUGCACGAGCCGUUUCUGGCGCGUCAACGGUCAGGCCGGUCAUCAGCCCCGGCUCCAUGAGCCACACCGUCAUCUGCAACGAGCGCCCUGGGCCACAAGAAGAUCUCAUUGUAUCCUUUAGAGAGCCGGGAGCCAGGCUCGACGGGCAGAUGGUCGAGCUGGCCAAGGGAAUCCAUGGCGACCUUGUGGUGCCGGAGUCGACCUGUCUCGGCAACGUGGAGGGAGCGGAUCCGCCGCUAUCCAUCUACUUGAUGCCCUAUCUGCAAGGCUCCUCUUGCAUUGAAGUCCUGGCCUUUCAGGUGGAAAUGGAUCCCGAGGAAGAAGCCAGGCAUGGAGUCUUUGUCAAGCACUUGGCUCGGUACUUUGGACGAUCCAGGCUCAAUGAGAGCCUUCCCUUGCUCUUCAGUCAAGAUUACCCACAAGUCCUCACGCAUGGCGACUUCUCGCUAACGAACAUUCUGGUCGAUGAGAACGAGUUCGGAACCACAGGCAUCGUCAAUUGGUCUCCAGCGGCGGCUAUGCCGUUCGGAAUGGAAUUAGACAUCCUCUUCUUAAUCACAGGCUUCAUGACCAAAGAUGGCUGGUAUGACUAUAGAUGUACGCAGCUGCUACAAGAAACCUUUUGGGAGGAGUUUUGGGUUGUCACUGGGACCGAAGGAGGGGAACGUCGGGGCAGGAUACGGCGUCUAGCUGAAGCUGCGGCCCAGAUUGGCGCAAUUCUGCGGUUAGCAUUUCGGCGCAACGCCGAUGGGUCACCAUCUGAAGAUGUUUUGGCGCUGGAAAGCAGGAUGGAACAGCUGAGGACGUGGUUUGGGCUUCGGGGCGUGGAUUAG